UGAGGGGAAAUGAUGCGCUGACCGAGGCUGCGGGCGAUUCCGCCGCAACUGAGCCAGGCCGGCCUCGGUAUGUCAGGGAGCCGGCAGCCUCCGCAGCACUCUCUGGCGGGGCCGGGCGCCGUGGGGCCCCCGGGAUCCUCCUCCGCCUCCUCCUCCUCCUCCGCAGUCACCACCUCGGCCUCCUCGGCCACCGCGACGGCGCCGGGCUCAUCGUCGUCGUCCACCUCGGCGGGGCUGGGGGUCCCGGCGCGGCCUGUGUUGGUGGCGGUCGCCGUCUCCGGCUCUUCCAACGGCGGCCUUUCGCGGCUGGCGGGGGCGGCCCGAGCAAGUGCCGGGAGCGGCGCGACCAGCGGCGGCACAAGCGGCAGCAGGAAGCGGCAGCUGCUCACGCCGCUUUGCAAUGGCCUCCUGAACUCCUACGAGGACAAAAGCAACGACUUCGUGUGCCCCAUCUGCUUUGAUAUGAUUGAAGAAGCUUACAUGACAAAAUGUGGGCACAGCUUCUGCUAUAAAUGUAUUCAUCAAAGCUUGGAGGACAACAACAGAUGUCCCAAAUGUAAUUAUGUUGUGGAUAACAUUGACCAUCUCUACCCCAACUUUUUAGUGAAUGAGCUCAUCCUUAAACAGAAACAAAGAUUUGAGGAAAAGAGAUUCAAACUGGACCAUUCAGUGAGUAGCACCAAUGGCCAUAGGUGGCAGAUAUUUCAAGAUUUGCUGGGAACAGAUCAAGAUAACCUUGAUUUGGCCAAUGUUAACUUAAUGUUGGAACUGCUGGUCCAAAAGAAAAAACAGCUGGAGGCAGAAUCCCAUGCUGCCCAGCUACAGAUUUUGAUGGAAUUCCUGAAGGUUGCCAGAAGAAAUAAAAGAGAGCAACUGGAACAGAUUCAGAAGGAGCUGAGUGUUCUGGAAGAAGAUAUUAAACGAGUGGAGGAAAUGAGUGGCUUGUAUUCACCAGUCAGUGAGGACAGUACUGUGCCUCAGUUUGAACCGUACUCACCUUCACACAGUAGCGUAAUUGAUUCUACAGAAUACAGCCAGCCUCCUGGAUUUAGUGGCAGUUCCCAGACUAAGAAACAGCCAUGGUAUAACAGUACGUUAGCAUCAAGGAGGAAGAGGCUUACAGCUCAUUUUGAGGAUCUGGAGCAAUGCUACUUUUCCACUAGGAUGACUCGAGUAUCAGAUGACAGCAGAACCUCAAGCCAGCUGGAUGAAUUUCAGGAGUGCCUAUCCAAAUUCACUCGCUACAAUUCUGUCCGACCCUUGGCAACGCUGUCUUAUGCUAGUGACCUCUACAAUGGAUCCAGCAUAGUAUCCAGUAUUGAGUUUGACCGGGACUGUGACUAUUUUGCCAUUGCUGGGGUGACAAAGAAGAUCAAAGUCUAUGAAUAUGGCACAGUUAUCCAGGAUGCAGUUGAUAUUCAUUACCCAGAAAAUGAAAUGACAUGUAAUUCCAAAAUCAGCUGUAUCAGCUGGAGUAGUUACCACAAAAACCUGUUGGCCAGCAGUGACUAUGAAGGUACCGUCAUCUUGUGGGAUGGGUUCACAGGGCAGCGGUCAAAAGUUUACCAGGAGCAUGAGAAAAGAUGCUGGAGUGUGGACUUUAAUUUAAUGGAUCCCAAACUCUUGGCCUCAGGCUCUGAUGAUGCAAAAGUGAAGCUGUGGUCAACCAACCUGGACAACUCAGUAGCAAGUAUUGAAGCCAAGGCAAAUGUGUGUUGUGUGAAAUUCAGCCCAUCAUCUAGGUACCAUCUGGCCUUUGGUUGUGCAGAUCACUGUGUUCACUACUAUGAUCUUCGGAACACUAAGCAGCCAAUCAUGGUCUUCAAAGGGCAUCGCAAGGCUGUUUCAUAUGCAAAGUUUGUUAGUGGAGAGGAAAUAGUGUCUGCGUCAACAGACAGCCAGCUAAAGCUGUGGAAUGUGGGGAAGCCGCACUGUUUGCGCUCCUUUAAGGGUCACAUCAACGAGAAGAAUUUUGUAGGUUUGGCAUCUAAUGGAGACUAUAUUGCCUGUGGAAGUGAAAAUAACUCUCUCUACCUGUACUACAAAGGCCUCUCAAAGACACUGCUAACCUUCAAAUUUGACACUGUCAAAAGUGUCCUGGACAAGGACCGUAAGGAGGAUGACACAAACGAAUUUGUCAGUGCUGUAUGCUGGAGGGCACUGCCGGAUGGGGAGUCCAAUGUGCUGAUUGCUGCUAACAGUCAGGGUACAAUUAAGGUACUGGAGCUGGUAUGAAAGGUGUUCUCUCUCUCUCAAGGCUUUGAAUACUUGAUCCUGCUUUCAUCUGGGAUUCUCAGUGGGGCACACAACUGAAGCUAACUUGCUCUUCCUUCUCAGAGUGAUCUCAUUUUGGGGGAUCUUUUCAUUUAUGGACACGCUUAGGACAUCUGGGGACUCUGAGAAGUACCAGUGAAUUCAGUACCAUCAAUAUUAACUCCACAGACUUUGCUGCUGAUGAUUCUAUUGCUUGUCUAAUUUUUAUGAGGGGGAUGUGGGGUGGGGGGAAAUGGAUUGUUUUAAAUAAAAUCAGAUACUGAAAAAGAAAUGGUGAAAGUUCAUUGCACCAAACAUGGAAGCAGGACAUCCCUCUGUUGAUAGGCAUGGUGACAGGUUUGCCCUUGUACUGAUUUGUUCAAGGGCUGUGCUUCGAAGCCGUCUUCUGAAUUACCACCUCUGGCCUUUUUUCCCUCCAUUCCCACCAGAGGAAAACAAAACCUCUCUAAUCCUGACUGGAACACUUUGAGCAUGCAUCUUUCUAAUUUGGAGCCCUCAAGUAAAAGGUUUGGCCCUUUUUGUUUUUAUUUUUGAAAUGGAUUAUGUGUUCAGGCAAGUUUACCACUCCAAAGAUUGAAGCCAUCUCUACAACCAACCAGAGCAGCCGGUCCAAUAACCAAUAAUUCCUUUGUGCUGAUGUAAAAGGACCACAUCUAAGGACAUGCAAGCAACUUGAUCUCCAAGUCCACCUGCUCCUCGGUCACCUCUCUUGCCUACCAGCUAAGUAAAGAUGCCAUCUGUGAUUUAGAUAUGUGCUGAUUGGGAGCGAAUCUGACACUGCUUAAUUAUCCCCCCCACCCCAGCCACCAAACUUUCAAUAAAUAAUGACUUCCUGUCUCUUCUGAUCUGCGUUACAUUGAAAUUAUUGAACUGGAGGCAACAGACAACAAAUGGUCCAAUUUGUUCACCCCUAAUCACCCCAUCCCCAUCUGUGUCACUUGUAGAAACCAAGCAUUUUGAAUGUUGUAAUAUAUUUUGGGGAUAGGCUAUGGUAGCCUUAUUUUUUAAUAACCAUGCAUACACUUAAUUGUACAAGUGGAGAGAAUGGGGAAAUAAACUGUGAUUCCAACUGUUC